UUUAUCUUCAACCGUCAAUGUUGUGCUUUGUGGUAUUCUUUUGUCUGUUUGUGAAGUUGAUUGAAUCUGUAGUAAGAAGAGAAUAUACUAUUUGACUUAUUUCCUUUUUUUUUUUUAUUUGGUCAAACUAUAAGUUUUAGUUUAUGCUGGUAUUGAAUAUUGAAAGUGCUUGCAUUCUGAAACCAUGGCCUGCUAACUUAACCCCUUAAUUGGAGUGAAUAUGUAUAUUUUUAGCUAUGAUGUUGAUUGCUAAAUGCCUUCUGCUAUUGACCUUUGAACAAAUGUAAUCUCAAAACAAAUAGGAAUGCAGAAAUUACUUUCUGCUACUGUGCAACUUUUGAUCAUAUGCGAAUAAUCUCCCUUAUGGAUUUCAGCUACCGUGAAAAUCUGUUUUCUGUUUUAUUCAUUUUGUGUUGCUAUUUGGUACAUGUUAGUGUUGGUAUAGACACCAUCACAUCAUCUCAAUUUAUCAAAGACCCUGAAACUCUAAUCUCCAAAGAUGGUAACUUCACCUUUGGAUUCUUUAGCCCUAAAAAUUCUACAAACCGCUACGUUGGAAUUUGGUGGAAGUCUCAAUCUACAAUCAUAUGGGUUGCAAACAGAAACAAACCACUGAAUGAUUCUAAUGGGAUUGUCACAAUAUCUGAACAUGGAAAUCUCGUGGUAUUAAAUGGACAGAAACAAGUCAUUUGGUCAUCGUAUGUUUCCAACAUAGUAUCCAAUACCACCUCCCAAAUGUCUGACUCUGGUAACCUUGUGCUUCUGGAGAGCACAACUGGAAACAACUUAUGGCAGAGUUUUCAGCAGCCUUCAGAUACAUUCCUUCCAGGCAUGAAACUUUCAGUCAACAAAAGAACUGGUAAGAGUAUAAAACUCACAUCAUGGAAAAGCCCUUCUGACCCCUCUGUUGGCAACUUCUCUUGUAAUAGCGUUCAACGCCAAAAUAUAUUUGAAGUGUUUAUUUGGAAUGAAACUCGGCCAUGUUGGCGCAGUGGUCCUUGGAAUGGUGGGGUCUUCACAGGAAUACAAAUAAUGAAACUUUCAUAUCGUAAUACUUUUCAAGGUGGAGAUGACGGAGAAGGAAAUAUUGUUAUAUUUUAUACAAUACCAAAUGACAAGGAACUGAUGAUCUAUCACCUGAAUUCAGAAGGAAUAUUGGAAGAAAUAUGGUGGGAUGAUCAGAAGAAAGAAAUGAUGGUGGCAUGGAAAAGCCAAUACUCAGAGUGUGAUGUUUAUGGUCUAUGUGGGGCAUUUACAAGCUGUAAUUCAUUGAGCACGCCAAUUUGCAGCUGUUUGAAAGGGUUUGAUCCGGUGAACAUACAGGAAUGGAAUAGAAACAACUGGACUGGCGGGUGUGUUAGGCGGAAACCAUUGCAGUGUAAAAGGAUCGGCAAUAAAACCACAGGUAGAAAGGAAGACGGGUUUUUGAAACUACAGAUGGUUAAAGUUCCAGAUUUUGCUGAAGGUUUAGAAGGGACACCUGACAGAUGCAGAAUCUUAUGUUUGGAGAAUUGCUCUUGUGUUGCGUAUUCUCAUGAUGAUGGGAUUGGCUGUAUGUCUUGGACCGGCAAUCUACUUGACAUACAACAAUUCCAAAGUGGAGGACUUGACCUAUAUGUUCGCGUAUCCUAUUUAGAACUUGAUAAAUGGAGAAACAAGACAAUCUUCAUCGCAAUUACAGUGAUAAUUGCAACUCUUAUUAUUGUCAUUUGUGCAUAUAUCACGUGGAGAAGGACAUCAAACCGCCCAGCUAAUUCUAAUGACAACAUAAUUGGAGAAAUGUCCCAAGAUAAACUACAAGAGCUAUUAAAAUUUGAUUUUGAAAAAGUUGCAACUGCCACAAACAACUUUGACCUGUCUAACAAACUUGGACAGGGUGGUUUUGGUCCCGUAUAUAAGGGGAAACUGCAAGAUGGUCGAGAAAUAGCAAUUAAAAGGCUUUCUAGAGCAUCUGGACAAGGGUUGGAGGAAUUCAUGAACGAAGUAGUGGUAAUUUGUAAGCUUCAACACCGCAACCUUGUAAGACUUAUUGGCUGUUGUGUUGAAGGUGAUGAAAAGAUGUUGAUGUAUGAAUACAUGCCAAACAAAAGUUUGGAUUCAUUCAUCUUUGAUCCAUCAAAAAACAAACUCCUAGAUCGGAGGACACGGUAUAGCAUUAUAGAAGGAAUUGCUCGAGGGUUGUUAUAUCUUCACAGAGAUUCUAGGCUAAGAAUUAUUCAUAGAGGUUUGAAGGCAAGUAAUGUCCUGUUAGAUGAGAAGUUGAAUCCAAAAAUAUCAGACUUUGGUAUGGCUAGAAUCUUUGGAGGAGGUGAAGAUCAGGCCAAUACCAGAAGGAUUGUCGGAACAAUGGGUUACAUGUCUCCUGAAUAUGCAAUGCAAGGAUUAUUUUCAGAGAAAUCAGAUGUUUUUAGCUUUGGUGUAUUGCUACUAGAGAUUGUUAUCGGAAGAAGAAACUCAAGUUUUUAUGACGAUGUGCAUAAUCUGAGCCUUUUAGGAUAUGUAUGGACACAAUGGAGUGAAGACAAUAUUUUGUCUCUAAUAGAUCAAGAAAUAUAUGAUCAUAGUCAUCAUAAUUAUAUUUCAAGGUGCAUACAUAUAGGACUAUUGUGUGCACAAGAACGUGCCGGAGAUAGGCCCACUAUGGCUUCAGUAAUUUCUAUGCUUAACAGUGAAAGUUCAUUACUUCCUCCUCCUAGUAAACCUGCAUUCAUUCUGUGGGAGAGUAUGUUAAAUUCAAAGUUUCCUGAAGAAUGUCAAAAUGGUUGUUCCAUCAAUAAUGUCAGUAUCACAGACAUCAGUGGCAGAUAGCACACAAACGGGUCUAAGAAAUGUUUGAGCGGUUAUGGAUAUGUGGCCAAUGCUAGAAAUUAUAUAAUAUGCAAAAUGUUUGUUCCACCAAUAGUUCAAUUUUGAGAGGUUUCUGCAUACUUUUUUGGUUGUGGAUAGUUGCAUGUUGGAGAACAAAAUUUUGCAGGGAGCUUCUUUUCCAUCCUCUUAUGCUCUUAGUCACUCUUUGAAAAUGUACCAUAAUAAUUCAUAGGGAAGUUGUUGGUCUAUAUGGCAAGCGAGAGUAUGCGCUAGAGGGGGUCAAUAGCGUUUUUCAAAAUUAUCGAGAGUUUUGCAAAAGCGUAUUUAAAAAAGUGUUUUGACUAA